GGCUCUCUUUCUGUACUCACUUCCUUUCCGGAGUGCAAGCUAGAAAGUGUCCUUUAGCGUUGUACUUGCUGCUAUAGGUAACAUUAAUAUUGGAGUCAAGUAACAACAGGUUUUGUAGUUUCAAAAGAAACGGGUAUAUCCAGAAGAAGGCUCAUCUUGCCAUUUUUUAAAUUUUUUGUUAAUUUAGUUUUCUUUCUUAAACCCUCUCAUUUGCUUCUUUUUCUUUCAUUCUUUUCUUUUUUCUCUUUCUUUCAGCAUCUAUUUUUAUUACUUUAUUUUGUUUUUGAUACCUUUAGAUUUGGAAUCUGUGAAGUGUCUACAUGGCAGUGAGAAGGGGACACAUUAGAUACUUGAAAGAAGUUUAUGACAUGUCCAAUGGUUAUGAAGAUCACAUGGCAGACGAGCUGAAAGAUGCAAAAACAAACCUGAUCGUCAAUUACCUUCCUCAAAACAUGACACAAGAUGAGCUCCGCAGCCUCUUCAGCAGCAUUGGUGAGGUGGAAUCAGCAAAGCUUAUCCGCGAUAAAGUGGCAGGACACAGUUUAGGGUACGGAUUUAUUAACUAUGUUACCCCUAGUGAUGCAGAAAGGGCAAUCAGUACACUCAAUGGGCUGAGACUACAGUCUAAAACUAUCAAGGUGUCCUAUGCCAGACCAAGUUCGGAAAUGAUAAAGGAUGCAAACCUGUACAUUAGUGGGCUGCCCAAGACCAUGACCCAGAAAGACGUUGAGGACAUGUUUGCACGUUAUGGUCGCAUUAUUAACUCCCGUGUUCUCGUUGAUCAGGCUUCAGGGCUAUCUCGGGGGGUUGCGUUUAUCCGCUUUGACAAGAGAGCAGAGGCGGAGGAUGCCAUCAAAGACUUAAAUGGUCAGAAGCCGGCCGGAGCCAAUGAACCAAUCACUGUUAAGUUUGCUGCCAAUCCGAACCAGGCAAAAAACUCUCAGCUUCUGUCUCAGCUCUACCAUUCGCAGUCUCGUCGUUUUGGGGGCCCUGUGCAUCACCAAGCACAGAGGUUCAGGUUCUCUCCUAUGAGCGUGGACCAUGUGAGUGGACUCUCAGGAGUCAAUAUAUCAGGAAAUUCUACGUCAGGCUGGUGCAUUUUCAUCUACAACCUGGGUCAAGAUGCUGAUGAAGGCAUACUGUGGCAGAUGUUUGGCCCCUUUGGGGCUGUUACCAAUGUCAAAGUCAUUCGAGACUUUAAUACCAAUAAAUGUAAAGGGUUUGGCUUUGUAACUAUGACUAACUAUGAAGAAGCAGCCAUGGCAAUUGCCAGCCUCAAUGGGUAUCGCCUCGGUGACAAGAUCUUGCAGGUGUCAUUCAAAACCAGCAAGUCUCAUAAGUAGUUUCAUAAGUAGGUACUCUACAGAGUCAAUGCUGCAAACUCAAUAGUUUCAAAUCCAUUUUAUGCCAGUUUGCAUUUGUCCUAAUUAUAUUUUUUUAUCAUAUUUUGGGAUGGAAAGCUUUUUUUGAGUCUAUUAAAUGACCAAUUCAAUAAGAAAAUUGUGAUGUAGUAAUUUUGCAGUUUGUCAUAUGCAUGGUAAAAAGCAUGCCAAGUCUUUAAGCAUUUUUUUUAAUCAGGUUUAAGAUACUGCCUAUUUUACAUAGUAAAAUGUAUGAUGCCUUAAUUUCAGAUUUACUCAUUUCACUUAUCGCUGUUAGUUUGAAAAAUAAUGUAUUUGUCAUUUCUCCCCAAACCCCUUAAAAUGAUGAUGAGCAUAAGUCAGGAUGUUUUUUUAUUAUUAUUUAAAGACAUGGCUCAAUGCGUUGAUAUGUUGAAGUGGUUCUGUAAUGGAUAUUGUGUGUUUUUCUUUGAGACCCUUUGAGUUCACCUUAUUAAGAGGGACCAAAGAGAAUGAAAGAAGGGUUUUUUUUUUAUUUUUAACAACUCCUCCCACCUUUCAAGCUUCUCAUGCCAUGUAGCAUUGGAUAUUAAGGCUAGAUAUAUAAUGUAUUGAUUGUCUAUUUAAACAUCCAUAUUUUCUUGAACCUGUACUUUCUGCUUUCAUUGUAUUUUGUUUUCAAUAAAGAUUUGUGUUGAUGACUUUACUUAUUUAAGACUAAUUCCAAGCUUUUGGAAUCUGUCUUUCAAUAUUAACUUCAUUUUUAAACAAACCAUUUUCUUUUGUGAACUUUUGCAUCAUCUGUAAACAUUAAAUCUGAUGCUUGUUUUCUUGAA